CACCCUUUCUUUAGUUACGUCUUCAACAGAUUGGGGAUAUCCCCUCUGCAGGUCAACCCCAACUUCUUUAGGAUCAUAUCUGUUAUGCUCUUAUUGAUGCGUGACAGAAAUCUGGACCUUGACCUCAUAGACCUCCUUCUGUGCUAUAAGGUCAGUAAGAUCCGUACUAACGAGCCCUUCUACCACCUCUACCCGUUCGAGAAGAUGUCCAUAUGCACUGACACAAUAAAAUCUGAAAAGGGUUGGAGGGAUAGCAUAGUGGGUAUUAGUGGGGCUUGGUCUUCGCCGGCUGCAGAGGAUUACCCAAUCCCGAGCGCCUUUGGUGUCUGCUCUGUCUCCUCCUAUAAAAAAUUCAAAUCCCAUAAACACGACUGCCCCUGUGAAACAUGCGUUCCUCGUUUUUGCACUUACUUAUGCCGCUCCUUGGGAAUACCUUGUGAUGACUUGAGCUACAGUGUUUGCAGGGAUAGGAUUAACUACUUGAAGAGAUACGUUCUGAACGAUAUUCCUUCCUGCUCAGAUCUCCUCACUUCAGACAACCUCUUUGCGCUCUCAUCACUCGGCUACAAUAUGAGCAGACUGCAGAUUCCCUCUUUUGGCAGGAGGAAAAAUACUCCCCCAGUCAUUCCUGCUGCUGGGGCGACCUCCUCUCCAGCGUCGGCUUCUUCUUCAGCCACCAUAUCUGACACUGUCCCGAGCGCAGUGGCUACUAACCCUGCUGCCAGCGCCCCUGCGGCCAACCAGAACGCGCCCUCCCCAGCUACCAUAGCUCCUGCUGCUGCGGGGGGCGGUCGGGACAAAGAGCGAGGCAAAAGGCCUCAUCCUGACAGUGAAAUCGACCCUGAGGAGGAGCCUCUUAUUAGAAGGACCCGAGUCUCUGGGCCGGGUACUCUCUUGCACCGAGCGAUCAGAGCUCCUUCUCACUCUGGGCCUCCUGCAGCUGGUGGCUCUGCUUCUGCUUCAGGCCCCCCUUCUAUCCCCAGCUUGCCGCCAUGGGCCCCUCGGUACACUCGAACGGAUGGGACGUUCGUGAAACCGAACGAGACCAUGCUGAAGGAUGGCCAGACCGCUAUGGCCUACUACAGGAGCAUGUGGACUCCGAAGGACAUUGAGGCGGCAAAGGGCCUUUCCCAGAAGGACGUGUUCAGUCGCUUUCCCCAAUCUGCUAUGGAGACAUUGUUCGGGAUGAUGGCCAUGCAGAAGCAGGUGGAAAUGGGGAACGCCAGGGCCCGGAAGUAUUCUGACAGCCUGGAGGUGGCUAAUAAAGAGAACGACCUCCUUGCCAUGAAGAAUACCGAGGUGCUGGUUCGGCUUGACAAAGCCGAGCAAGAGAGAGAUGUCCUGAAAAAGGAGAAUGAUUCCCUUCAGGAUGAGAAGGACGCCCUCCAGCUCGAGAAGAGCGUCUGGCAGACUGAGCAGGAAUCACUCAGAGAAGAGAAGGCAGAACUCCAACGUCUUCUAGCUGAUGAACAGUCUGCUCGGAUGGCUUUUGAAAAAAGAGCUCUGGACGAGCGUACCGCUCUGAUCGACGCUAUCAGCAGAGUGGGUGGUGGGAUGCUGGCCCUUCAUGCUCGGUUCUCCAGGGUCGGUGCUCUUCGGUAUGCUCAAGGAUUCCGGGAAGGUUUCGCCGACCGGGUUCCGGAUGAGGGACAGACCAGCUCCACUCCGGAUGAGGUAGACAAGGAUCUGGGGAUCGAGCCUCUGGGGGUCUAUGUCGACCCAGAACCCACCGAAGCGGAGCGUAUAUUUGAUGAGUGCCAGGACAUCGCAUCCUCAAGGAUCAUCACAGCUCCUCCUACCGCUCUGCCACUGACCGCUCCCCAAUCGUCAACCGUGGCUCCCUCUGUAGCCACUGCUGACGCUGAACCCCAGCCGAACGACUCAGUUAUUCACCUGGAUUCCCCACCUCAUGAAGGUGAGGCGGCUGAUGGGGCCGAGGAGGCGAGUCGGCAGGACCAGGAUGCUGUUGGUACUGAGGCGUCUAGCUAGGGCUCCUUCGAAUUCUUCCAGUUCAUAUCUUCUUGUAAUGAUGGACACCCCUCUUUUGUAAACUAAAUGUUCAAUAUUAAUGAAAUGGCCGAACUCUUUUUCUCUA